CAUCAUGAAAUCGGCGGCACGUUUGCAGAUCGACGCCAUCAACAACCAGAAAUGCUUCGUACUGUACGGCACUACGACGAAUUUGCAAUCGAUGAUGAUAAACUAUGAAACGCACAGAAACAUACAUUUAGGAGGAAUUGAAGCUCAUGAGCAAACAAGAGUUGCAGCGGAGAGCCUUCGAGGCGAGCGGUGUAUCAUACGAAGAGUCCCUCAAGGCUACUAAAUUGAUCCCCUCGCUCUAUGAACGAUUGGGUCGUGAGUCAGGCAUGGAAGAACUGUCAACGCUGUUUUACGACCGAGUCUUUGACGACACUGAAAACGAUUGGUUCCUGAGCAUAUUUGCAAGCAGCACUAAGGCCGAAGCCAUCGAUAAUCAAUAUCGAUUUUUUGUUCAGACUUUUGGGGGUCCAGACUUAUACCGUCAAAAGGGAAAGGGCAAAUAUACUCGUUUAGCGGGCAGACAUGCGAAUUAUCCCAUCAGUCAUGAAGCAGCGGAUCUCUGGGUCAAACACAUGGAAGACGCCAUCAACGAGCAUAAAUAUUUGGAAACGACAUCAAACCCGUGCAAAUACGGCCAAAAUCAAAAUAAUUCAGUAAGCGAGCAACAUUACAACAACAACAUCGAUAUGAUCGAAGAAACAAAAGAAGCGAUGCGAGCUUAUUUUCGGUAUACAGCCCAUUACAUCGUCGUGGCAUCGGAAUAUAUGAGGGAUGACCAGCUAAGCGGAGGAACCAAAAUCGACGAGGGUAGGGUUUGGUAAAAUGACCUUCACUUCACCUGUUCGAAUCGAAACGAUAAAUCUUUUGAACCACCGCCUAGUGAUAGUUCAUUUGUUCCCGAAAACAUCUAGUUUUAAACUUCACCUUAGAUUCCGUAGAUCACAC